ACAAAUUUAUAAACCACGCUGGCAGUAACGCUUGUUAUAAAAGCCAUAAAACACUCUUGCUUCUCUCAGCUUUGGAAAUAGGUUGUACUUACCGCUCCGGACUGACACGUGUCCCAUAACUUGUCAAAAAUGUUGCGAAUUCUCUGUGCGGUUACUUUGCUUAGCGGGGCUGUGUAUGCUCAACUGGCGAUGCCGGAUCUGAUGUCAAGACUAUCCCAAAUGUUUGGGCCGAACUGCACAAUAGAGGAUCAGUCGAUACUGUUCCAUUGUUCCAUGAAUAUACAAAAUCAGAGCCUGCAUCAGGAACCAGUAUUCCGACGCUACGGAAAUAUCUUCUGGGACGGUAACAUUACUGAUGAACAGGCAAAGACCAUCUUGGAUUAUUUUUGUGGUAUAGUGAGCACUACGAGUACAUGCCUUGGUUCGAUCUCCAGUGGUUGUACCACAUCUCCUUUCAUGGCCUGGUCUCUCCAUAUGAACGAAUAUAUGCUGAGGAUGUGCGCUGCUCCCGGUCGGUAUAAGCACUUUCCCGAGAUUGUGCGUUGCAAUAAGAAACUGGACGUGUACAACACCAUCGGUGACGAUCGUCAGCUGCUGCAGAUCCUAGGAGAAGUCGGUAACAUGACCAUUUCUGCUAUGGGUCCCGACGUCAAGAUUGCAAGUCCUAUGGAGUUGCCUCCUCACAUUUUUAAAACACUUUUUUGCCGACUGUUCAGCCGUAUAGAAGAGAUGUUUCCUUUGGAUAAAGUCAACGCUACUUGCGGCGCCGAUGCUCAUACGGUCUACACCGGACUGUACAAAAACGUUGCCGAGAUUUACCAGUGCCCCCGUCGCUAGCGGAAAAAUAUGCAUGAUACCAUAAUUAUUACCAUUACACUAUUCAUAAAAUGGCUUUGACUUUCACCGCCGUGUUUCCUGUAAUCAUGCUCUAUAUUAUGAUAUAAGUCCUAUAAUAAUUAUAGCAUUGUUGUGAAACGCAUGCAGUUCGCUGUUAACAUUGCAGGUAACUUCGCCGAAACGCUCGCGAACGCUGUUUUUUUGAUUUAAUUAUCGAAUACGGUAAUUAUUAUAGUCUAAGCGUAUCUUUAGAUGUUGGACGGUUUCUUUCUGUCACUUCAAUGUAACGAAAUAAAUCGGGUUAUAUGA